AUGACCUUGGCAAUGUGUCAAAACACUAGAAGCGCAGCAGGCAGACGAGAGCAAAGAGCCAUGGCAGGAUCGGAAAGCUGUUCUAGGAGUAAUUUCCUGGAGGUUUUAGUCUUUCUUACUACAGUUAUCACAGUGUGCCAUUGUUUCACUUUGGAUUUGAAGAACAGUACAUACCAAGUCCGGCCAAAUACUGAUGUUUCAUUUGUCUGUGAAGCCAAAGAUAUCAGAUUUACCGACAGAGUACAAUGGGUGAAAAAAGUGAAUACAAACUCAUACAGAAUUUAUGAUGGCAUGAUUCAGCAUCCAUUUAUGCUAACAGAGAGAUAUAAUGUAAAAAAUAAUGUCAACAGCAGAGGACAGUUUCAGGACAUCACAUCAUAUCUUAAUAUAACAGCUGUUCAGCCUGAAGAUGCAGGGGCAAUUGGCUGCAGAGUUAACAGCCAGAUGGUUUUGGGAGAGCUGAAAGUUUUUGGUCCUAUUAAAUAUGUCAAACUGGUCAGAACCACCAUAAGUGGACAGUCCUUUCCUCUGGCAAAUGGCCAGUAUGUAAUGUUUGGAGACAAUGAUGGUCUGGAGUGUGAGGUAAAGGCCAUUGGAACCUCACCAAAGGUCAAGGUCAUGAUAGGGGACAUGGAAGUGACCAGGUCUUACAAUCUUCAAGAAGUCUCAACUGAAAAAGACAAUGCAGGUCUGGUUAUCCAGAGUAAGACGGUCACUCUUAGCACCAGUGUGUUGCGGCUGAGCCCAUCGGACAAUAAUCAAAAGCUGAGGUGUGUUGCCUCUGCUCCUAACUACCUGGACAUGGAAUCCAAUGUCAUAAUUGGAAUGAAAGCUAAGCCUAAAGUUAAGUGUGCGGAUGUAGUGGAAGCCUCCGUUGGUGAGGAGACGUUCAGCAUUGUGUGUCAUGUGCUAUCUAACCCAGUUGCUGAUAGUAUCACUUGGUCCUUUUCAAAAUCUGACAGCAGCAUCAUCAACCUCACAGGAGACCAAACACUAGGGGCAUAUAGCAGCAUGUCUACUGUGAGCAAUUUUAACUACACUGUCAAAUUGAUCAUCCAUGAUGUGAGUGAGGAACACUUCAGAGACUACCGCCUUGUAGUUGCCAACGAAGAAGGACAAGAUGAAGCCACUGUCUCCUUGUCCAAAAAUAAUAUCACCAUCACCCCACCAUCAUAUGCCUUUGGGUCAAAGGGAACAGGGUUUUCCACAGCUGGAUCGGUGACAGAUGGUCCCACAGGAUCCUCCCAGAGAAUUGGUGGAUUGACAGUAUGGAGUUCACUUCUGGUUUUGUGUACCUGCUUCCUGCACACCAAGGUUUUGUAAGAAGUUGAUCUACAAGGAUUAACCCCAAGGUUUCUGUCUGUGAUGCUUUCAGGCUUAGGGUAGCUGGCCUCUCAGCUACUGUUACUGUACAAUGUGUAUUUUGCAGCAUGGGAUAGUUUAUCAGAUUCGAAAAAGAUGGAUGAAAAACAAGGAAGUUUCAAUUUGCUUUGAAACCCCAAGGACACUGUGACUGUUUAUAAUACAGUCACUAAAUAACAGUUCUCAUUUUGAUAUUGAAAAAUUUGCAUUAAUAUUGAAAAAUCUUGUUUGUCCUCCUCUUUUAGCACAUGCAUCAACAUUAACCUAGCACUUUUAUUAUAAGGAAAGCUUAUCUGCCAGAAUUUUGAAUUCCACGGGAAAAAGAUUCAUUCAAGAUUUUUCAGUACCUGUUAUUUUGGUGUUUUAAGAUGUUCUGUAACAGUGCAAAUUACAAUCCAAGUUCUCUUAUAUGCUGUAAGUUAAGUAAAGAAAUAGAUUGUUAUACAGGCAUGAUAACCAUUUAUAGUGUUUAGCUUUAUUCUGGGUUUAUAUUGUCAUUCAGUGAAUCCUUUUGGUAUGUGUAAUGUUAGUGGCAUAGAAAAGAACUUGAUACUGGAAAAUCACAAUAUGAAAUAUUGAUCAUGUAUGUGGCAGUCCUGUUUGAAGAAACGUUUUGAAAAUCCCUACAUUGUGUCUCUCACAGAAUGAUUUCCUGGACUGGUGAACAUGCAAGUAACUAAAACAAACAUUCAUCAGCUUUAUCUCAAUUUCAUCCUACUGCAUGGACCUUGUCAGGAUGGCACAUGGCAUGUAUAAGUGGGGGGAAAUGAGAUAAAGUGUUUGAGUUAGAUGGUGCAGUCUUGGUAUUGGACAAUGGAGAAAAUGUGUAAAAUCAGCAAGCAUUUUAAAGAUAUAUAUCACUCUUUGUCUUAAAUUUUCUUUUUGAGUGCUGUAUGUCAGAUGUUUGAUAUAUUUCCACCCUAAAAUUAGUCCAAUACUAAGACUUGAACCAUUAACAGUAAAAUUGGCCUAAAUGUUUUACACCUCUUUUGUUUUAAUACAAAUUAUCAUAUAUACCAAAGAAACCCAUAAAAGACUUGUCCAAAAUCUUAAUUAAUAGAAUUAAAUCUUUUCAUAUACUUUACUAAAAAUUAAUUUUGCAUGCACCGGUUGGUUGCAAUAGAUUUUUCAUGAAGCAUGUCAAAGAUUUAGUACAAGUCAUAGUCUAUUUCCUCCCCCCAGCCCCAAACAGCCUGAUCCUAUGCAUUGAUUAUUUGAGUCUAUUUUUAGCAGCCUUUGGAUUGUAUAUUGUAAAGCAUGCUCAGCUUCUGUUCAGAGCUAGUAAGAGUAUUGCUGCAGCAUACACACAGAUCUUAUGUUAUCUUAUCAACAAAAGAUAAGCACUGUAAUUAAUUUCUACGGUACUUUUGCCGAUAAAUUAGUUUAUAAAAAAAUUAAAAUUUCCAAAAUGUAUUUUGCCUUUCUGAAAUUGUGCAAAAAGAAUGAAUUCCAAAGUAAUUGGGUUCAUUCAUGUUUAAUUCUAUGAUCAUCUUGAUACAUUUGUAUUCAAAACCAUUUUAUUCCUAUUCUGUUAAUAAUUUUUAAAUAUCAAGAAAAUAUUUUUUGUAGAAAAAUCCAGUUAAAAAUGCACUGAAAAUACUUGCACUACUUGUUAAAAAAAAACUUUGUUGUCGAUUAAUUUAGUUAAACAGUCAAACUGUGUAGAUAGAUUUUUACAUGUAGUGAAGACAAGACUAAAUACACAAGAGAGAUGUACAUGUGUAUGUUGUCACAUAUUUGUUAAAAUGAAGUCUGUUACUUAAGAUUUUUAUUAAUUAAUUUACGACUUUUCAGGUGCUUCAUUUUGCUCAUUGGUUUUUAUGUAUAUUUCUUUUGUGAUGCAUGCUCAACUACUGUAUCCAGUUUAUAUGUAACUCAAUUUUAUGAGCCAACCCAAACUGCCUGUAUUUGCAUAAAAUUUUAUCAGGUCAGUUUGGUUGCAAUUUUGUAUGCAGAGUUACCAAACUUACAAUUGAAGUAGAUACAGAGAAAGAUCAUUACUAAAUCAAGACCUCAUUCACAUAACACAGAAAUGCUUUGACAACCUUACACGUGAUCACAUAGAGAUGUACAGUAUUGUAUAUGGUAUUGAUUGGGAGUUAUGUUUCACCACAUAGGAAGGUCAAGUUGGACUUAUUAAGAUAAAAUAAAUGCAGUAUUGAUUAGUAGAGUUAGGAGGAAAUUGUCUUUUGAGAUGGGAGUAAAAUACAUGAAGUUAAUGAUACCACACCUUGUGAAUCUGGCAGUUUGUUGCCUGCAGUCAGCAUUUCAUCAAAAUUGAUUAGAGAGUGGUUGAACAUGAUACCUUUUUAAUACAACUGGUGAUCAUGAUUAUUUUGAAUAGACAAAGCAGUUGUAAGAAUAAAUAAAUUGAAAUUACUGUGAUUGUUCGUACUACUAAAACUAGGCAAAAUGAACACCAUAAAUCAAUGUGUUCCAAAACUAUCAUUCGUCUUUAUUAUGGUGUGUGCCAAAUGGACCAUUUGGCUGGAGUUUAUCUUUAUGAGUAAUUUUUGUUGUUAUAUUUUCAUGUUCCAAGUUUUAAAAGUAAUGCAUUCAAACAAAAUUAUUCAUUCAUGUAAAUGAAGAACCUUAACUAUAAAGUAUUAUGGUUAACUUAGUAAAUACUAGAUUAGUUUGCUGACUGCACAGGUAGUAAUAUAUAGUAAUUAGUAGUUUGUACAGGUCUAGAGAUAGAUAAGUAGAAAAAUCUUGGUUCUGUGUAUACAUUUCUUUCCUUUUCAAAUUGUAACCGUUGUGCCAAUAUGAUGGAAUUGUAUUAUCACACUGGACAUGUUUAUAAAGUUAU